AUGGCUUUCUUGCGACCUGUGGUCGACGCCCGCAGGGAAAAGCAAAGAAAGGGAGAAGAGAUGGAUAACGACAUGUUGCAGUGGCUGAUGGAUUCCGCCGACCAAGGACAAGGGAAGCAGCACGGCAAGUGGGGAGAAGACACGACCACUACGCGGAAAUUGGCUAGGUUGCAGCUUGUUAUUAGCUUCGCUGCCAUCCAUACCACCACGCUGGUGACGACGCACGCGGUCUACAGUCUGGCGGCGGAUAAGGGAUUGCAGGCUAUGCUGCGCGAGGAGAUACAGGAGGUGCUGGAGGAGCAUGAUGGUGUGUUCACCACUUCGGCCUUGCAGGCCAUGAAGAAAACGGAUUCGUUCCUCAAGGAGACGAUGCGUUUCCACCCUCUCAGCCAGACAUCCUUCAGCCGCAAGGUCCUCAAGCCGUUCGUCCUGUCCAACGGACAAGUCAUCCCUAAGGGCUCGAUCAUCGAAGUCCCCAACUACGCCGUCUCGCGCGACCCCGAGGUGUAUUCCAACCCGAAUAUGUUUGACCCCUUGAGGUUCUAUAACCUCCGCAACGAGGCCAGGGGUAAGGGCGAGAUGGAGCAAGCGGCUACGAGCCAGUUCGUCAGCGUCAACAAGGACUUUUUGACGUUCGGGUAUGGACGACAUGCUUGCCCGGGAAGGUUCUUUGCGGCGAACGAGAUCAAGAUGAUUUUGGCUCAUCUGGUGAUGACGUAUGAGAUGGGACUGGUGGAGGGCGAGACGGAGAGGUAUAAGGAUUGGGAUAUUGUGGCGGGGACGAUUCCGGAUCCGACGAAGGAUGUCAUGUUUAGGAAGUUGUAG